CAUAAUUCAUACUACCAUGUACUGUUGGAUAGGCUGAAUACUUAAUUUCAUUUUGUAACUCAGUCAUCUUAACACAAUCAACAUGUCUUUCUGUAACUGGUUUUGGUGAUCAUCCAUUCUAUGACUUGAUUUAUUAUGGAUAAAAAAUGCAGGUUCUGGAGAUUCACGUACUAGAUAAUGGUUCGUGAGACCAAAUGCUUGAAGAAUCUUACCAUCUCCAACAGUUCAGGUACAAAGUCUUCAUUUUAUGAUGCGAUAGUCUAACCCUUAACUACUGUUGUUUUCCAUUUGAACUUGAUGUGUUCACAUACGAAGCAUUGCUCAAGAAAUGCUGGAAGGAGGCAAAGUGCUUUAGCUAUCACUAAAGAAACGAGUGCCCGAAACAUUCCCAGAAACGGUUUCAUCUAUAACAUAUCAAUUGACAGGCGAGAUUCUCAGCAGAUUGGUUCAUUUGGAUUUUGCUUCUCUUCUGUCUAAUUAAUGGACAAGGAUAAUUUUCAGAUGGGCUCGGGGAGCUGAUGUGUUUUGUGUUUUCGUACUUGGUUCUUUUUAUGGUUCUCGAUUCUCCUGCCUCCCAUCUCCAACUACUGCUUUGUACCUUGACAAUGUUCCUGCUUUGGUGUUCCUUUAGUCCAUGAAUUGUAGUUGGAUGGCUUUGAGGCUUUCCUUUAUGGUAAUUAUGAAGUGGGUUGGCUGAUUGAUUUGUUAUAUUUUAGGGUAGACAGAAUUACAAGGGAAGAGAUCCAUGUCAUGUUCAGGAUUGGAGAUCAUGAGUUAGAAGGUAAUAAUAAUGGUGGGGAUAAGCUGGAUGAGCUAUCAGACGAUGGGUCACAGGCAGGGGAGAAAAAGAGGAGGCUGAACAUGGAACAAGUGAAGACAUUGAAGAAGAACUUUGAGUUGGGAAAAAUGCAGUUAGCUAGAGCUCUUGAGGUGCAGCCUAGGCAUAUUGGUAUUUGGUUCCAGAACAGGAGAGUCAGGUGGAAGACCAAGUCGCUUAGAAAAUUUAUGUUAUCCUUAAGAGACAGUUUCAGGUUGUCAAAGCUGAUAAUGAUGCCCUUCAAGCCCACAAAUAGAAGCUUCAUGAUGAGGUAAUUGCUGGUUUUAGUUUUUUAGAAUUCUGGGUUUGAUAUUUUUUCUUUUUUUGCUUGAAAGAAGCCACAGUUAUGACAGAUGUGUCUGGAAACAAAACUUAGCAGAAAUAUACACAUAUCAUGGUCACGUUAUUUUUAAAGUUUUUCCCCCCUCUCUGCCAUGGUUUUGGUUCAGAACUUUUAUCCAAUAUUGUUAAUCACUUACCUUGAAACCUGCAACUGAUGACUUAAUAUAAUGCUUUCUUUUAUCUACCUAUCAUCAAAACUUUUCUUUUACAAUAAGGUAACUUUUGGGAGCUGGUCAAAAGAAGAGAAAAAGCUACUGGGUACUCACUCUGAAGCCGUGUUUCAAGCUUCUUUUUUUUUUUUUUGCCAUGUGUUCAUGUAUGCUUCAUCUCUGACUUGAUUGGUCAAAGCAUGGUUUUUUGUGGGGGAGGCCAGAUAUUGGCACUGAAAAGUAGAGGACCAAACCAUAAGCAAUAAACCUGAACAAAGAGAUACAUUUUGUAAGGUUCAUCUAUCCAUCCACUAUACCAACUAAAUAAUCUCGGUCUCAAUCUUUUAUGAAAAAACCCUGCAGUUCAACUUGGGCUGACGUGAAUUUCUUCUUUGCAUAGAUAACAUCCGGGCUUACAGGCGUUCAGCUCAUCGUAUGAUGCCUUCACAUCUGACAUCAAAUGGUAGAAGGAGUUGCAACGGCAGUAGGGGGUACAAAUGCCUUCACAUCAGACGUUGAUGAGAUUAUGCUAGCCAAUGAAGUUAGUUAUCAGUAGGAUGGUCAAGAUUGCAUAUGGAAGGACAAAAAAAAAAAGUACAAGUGAAUAAGUCCAAUGUUGAACUUGAGAUUUAAAACUGAGUUUAUGUUGCUGUAAAUUUGGGGACAUAAACGAGGAUGUGGAAAUAAGAGAUGCACGUGCAUAACUGAACAGAGGUUUGUAAGAUUUCAGUAAGAAACUCUUAUAUGCAGGUCGCAACUUUCAAUAGGAAAAAACAUGCAGCUUUCAGUUUGUAUCUCCAGUCUCCUGAUUAGAACUAUGUCAAUAAGUUUGAUUCGAAAAGAAACUUUUAGAGUAUGAUUAUUAUUAGUCUAUUAAUCCAAGUUGUUAUUUAAUGUUGUCUAUAUAUUUUCUGCACUUAGUCAUGAACCCAUUAGAAUAUGAUGGUACACAACACCUUAAUUGAUCACCAUAUGAUCAUUCGACUGCAACUUUAAUUCCUGCGGCGUUACAACUUUAGUACAACUUACCGUCAUCGUAAUUUACCGUCACCUUAAUGACCACCAUAUAAUCAUUCGGCUGUAGCUUAGUUCCUGCGGCGUUGCAUAGCCUCCGUAGGUAUUGAUUCUAGUACAACAAUAAAAGGCAAGAACCAAAAUCGAUCUGGAUAUGUAUCAAGAUAUCUAUAUAUAUGGUGAUGUCUUUGGUGCACUCACUUUUUUGGGUGCAUUCAGUGCACUCGCUUUAUAACCGUCAUUUUAAACAUGCGAUUUAUGUCAAAAUGAUGUCAAUCAUUACUUAUGAUGCGAUGAACAAUAAUGCACAUAAAUUUGCACAAAAACAAUUAAAGAUUUACUUCAAUUUGAAGGAUUUAGAGUUUAGAGAUUUAGGGAUAGGGUUAGGGUUAGGGUUUACAAUUUGGAGUUUAGGGAUAGAACUCAAAAUUGGAGGUCUAGGGCUUAGGGUAAAUCGCUAAUUCGUUGUUAUCAUAUGUUAUAUCAUCAUAUUACACUAAUUCUACAAAUAAAAAUUUAAAAUCCGA